CUAGGAGGGUGGGACAUCCUGUUCUGUUUCCUCUUCUUCUCCCACCUCGUCCGUGCCGGGUUUUUUCCCCCUUUCUCUUCGAUAGCCUUCUCCUGCGGGGAGCUGUGCGGAAGGAAGGAAGGAGCUGGCGCUUUUCCUUGGCCGGCGCUGAGGCGAUGGCUUGGGCGGCCUCCGCUUUACCUACUGAUAAAUCCCGGUUUGUCUGUAUAUACCCAGCCUAUAUAAAUAACAAGAAGACAAUAGCGGAAGGAAGAAGAAUACCUCUUGACAAAGUAAAUGCAGUUGAAAAUCCCACGUCUACUGAAAUCCAAGAUGUUUGUGCUGCGGUUGGACUUAAUGUGCUUCUUGAGAAGAACAAAAUGUAUCCCAGAGAAUGGAACCGUGAUGCACAGUACAGGGGAAGAGUGCGUAUUCAGCUGAAGCAGGAAGAUGGCACUGCAUGUCAACCUCAGUUUCCAACACGUAAGUCAGUAAUGCUUUAUGCAGCAGAAACAAUCCCCAAACUAAAAACACGGACACAGAAAAUGGGAGGCAGUGACCAAAAUCUACAGCAAGGUGAGGGAGGCAAAAAGGGAAAAGGAAAGAAAAAGAAAUGAGCAUCACCAGAACAAAUGCUGUAUGGAAAGAGCAACAUGUAUGAACCGAGGUAAUGACUUCUGGUGUGAAAUAUGAAGAAAGAAACAAGAACGGGUUGCAGUUGUUUUGUAACCAUUUUUGGAUGGGAAUGCAGAUAAAUUGCAUCCAGUCACAGCUAAUCCAUUUGUGAUCUAUGUAGCCAAAAUAUCUGCUUUAAUCUUAAAACAAAUGGAAAAGAACUAUUUUUUUAAAUGUGUGGAUAUACAAUGCUCAAAAAUAGAUGUGGCUAAUAUUUCUAUAAAGCUGAUUUUCUUGGGUGUGUUCCAUAUUGUUCUUUGUGACUUGUAAAAUGAUUUUUUUCUUUUUAGGAAAAUACUGGAAACUGAUCUUUGAAUUAAAUUGUUUCAAAAAGAUAUACCUA